AGACCUCCUACAAAACCACAUUGGUAUUCUCCUCAACAAGCACCAGCUCAGCUCGAUCAAUCAGACGAUCACCAUGAGCAACCACGUAGUCUUGCUCCUCCUUCUCAUGGCAUCUUUCCAACUCACCUCGUCGACACUCUCUCAGCGGCUGGGCGACGUCGACCCGGACCUCCCGGCGCUUCUCAAGAUCAAGGCGCAGUUCGGCGAGCAGGCCGCGCUCGCGUCGUGGCAGCCCGGCACCGACCACUGCACCUGGCCGCACGCCUUCUGCGACCAGAACCGCCGCGUGGUCGCCAUCUUCCUCGAGGGCGUCAACAUCACCUCCACGAUCCCUCCGGCCAUCGGCGACCUCGACCGGCUCCGGACCAUCAGCAUCGACAACAUCCCGGGCCUCACGGGCCCCAUCCCGGACUCCUUCGGCAACCUGUCGCGCCUCUCCAUCUUCAACAUCAUGCGCACCUCCGUCUCGGGCCCCUUGCCGGCGUCCCUCGCCCGCACGAACCUCACCUCCGUCAGCUUCGCGCAGAACAAGCUCACCGGCAGGAUCCCCAUGUCCUUCCAGGACCUGCCGCACCUGGCCCACUUCGACGCGUCCAACAACGCGCUCGUCGGGCGGAUCCCGCCGGGGCUGGUGAGCGGCGGCACCCGCGAGUCGCCGCUGGGCCUCACGCUGUCCAACAACCGGCUCACGGGGAGGAUCCCGCGGAGCUACGGGCGCGAGGACUACUUCAUCAACUUCAGGGUGGCCAACAACAGGCUCAGGGGGGACGCGUCGUUCCUUUUCCGCCGGGAGAAGGCGGUGUCUGACAUCGAUCUCUCCGGGAACAAGCUGCGGUUCGACCUGAUCGGCGUGGAGAUACCCGAGGCCCUGUUGUUUCUGAACGUGAGUCGAAACCGGAUCUACGGCGGCGUGCCGGCUUCGCUCCCGCGGUCCAGGCUGGUGAGGCUGGACCUCAGCUAUAACCGGCUCUGCGGGGAGAUACCCCCUGGUGGGAUCAUGGGGCGGUUCAAGGCGGCGGCGUACGAGCACAACAGGUGCCUGUGUGGGACUCCGUUGCCGCCGUGCUAGGUCGCUGAGGUCACCGUGUGCCCAAAAAGAUCGUGUUAUACCCGUUCAAAAAAAAAGAUCGUGUUAUGUUUUUUUAGGGUAAAAAGAUCGUGUUAUGUACUUGCCCUUUUUUUAAAGAAAAUGUUAUGUUUUUUUUAGGGCAAGAGAAAAUGUUAUGUACA